AUGGACGAGCUCUUCUCUCGAGUUAGUCUUCACAAAGGCCGAGCCAAGAAGAAGUACAUAGUAACAAAGUAUAUCUACGCCUCCGCAUCCUUCAUAGUCACUGCCACAACCCUCCCCAAUCUUCGAAUCCUACAAAUUGAGAUUCGCCCCGACCUUGUCCCCGAUCUACCUUCCUGUUUUGUGGGGUUUACGGAUGCUGGCCAAGAACUACUAUUUGACACUAACAAAUCAUGUCACAUGAAAUAUCAACUUUUACAAUCCUAUAAUCUUGAUAUUUAUUUACAUGAAAUUGCGGGAGCACAAGGGUUGAGGAACAAGUUCAAGGAAGUGGUCGAGAGGGAUAUUACGUUGCUUAAUAAGUAUGGUGACAAUUUGAAGAACGCGUUUUGCGUGCCCGAAAAUUGGUGGAAUGAUCGGAAUAGAGCGGGCAUGGUUCAACUAGCGGAUGGGUCGUGA